GGGGAAAAAAAAAAAAAACGCAGGAGGGGGGGUACCUCCCUGUGGAAGAAGUGGCGUGCAAAAUAAUCACCACAUGUGGCCCUCUUUUAAGCGGCUCCAAUGUGUCGAAAUAUAUUUCCCCUCUGUAUCAUUUAAGGAGUUCCAAGGGGGUGUUAUAAUGGGCACAAAUUGAUUUUAUAAAAAGGCACAUUUUUGUAAAGCUCUCCACGUGGCUCCCUCCUUUCAACUGUCCCUUUCGCCGCAAACCGUUGAGGAGAAAAAGGGCUAACCAGAUAUUCGCUCACAGUUGAGAUAAACGCUCUGAGAGAAGAGGUUCCCCUGUGAGAGGGGCUACAUGGAAAGACCAGCAGGAGAGCAGUCGUAAUGGGCAUGAUGCGAAUCCCCACAACGGUGUGGAAAGGAUGAAGGCACCAGCGUGGCGAACCUUUGCACAUGUGGGGAGGAGAAGCUUCGGGAGUUCCUAUCUGACGAAGAAGCUGAAGACGAUAAACGACCGGGCGCUGAAGUACCACGAGGAUUACAUAAAAUCGUUGGAUAUCCUGGAGGGGAAGAACAGAAGCGUAAUGAAGGAGAUUUUCCCGAACAAGAAAAGCAAAAUAAAUGAUUUGUUUUUUCAAAGAUGUGGAAACUCGAGCGGAGUAGAUUCAUCCAAGGUGGCAGCAAAAUUGGAAGAAGAUGCAGACCUGUUGGAUUUGCACACAUCGGAGAGGGGUGCCUACCAACACGAAAUGAAAAGCAUGACGUUAGACGAAUUUGGAAGUGUAAGAAUAGUGCAUAACAACAUCCUGGAGGAGGAGGCGGACUGCAUGCUGAUCCCGAUGGUAUCAAAUUUUGUCCCUUUAAGUGGAUUCGGGGCGUACGUACUGCAUAGAGGCGGGAGAGAAUUAGUAAAGGAAAUAUUCAUCAGCAUAAAGGCACUAAUUAAGAAAAGAAUAGACGUAUUGAAUGAACACAGAGAGGAGUACCUAUCGGGAAGCAAAGACAAAGUUGGAAGAGAAAAAGAGUUUAAGAAAAUGAUAGAAAAUGCCAAGUCGUUACAAGUAGGAGAUGUUAUUCUAUCAAAGCCUCAUCAAGUUAGCGACAAAGUAAAAUUGCUAGCCUUUUUAAUAAUGCCAUAUUUCUGGCAAGGAAAUAAUUACGUUUCUUCAAAUAAGUUAAGAUUCUCUUUCGCUAGUGCGUUAAGGCAACUAAAUGAGUUGUGCAUUUCGUCUGUCAUCCUACCGGAUAUUGCAUCUGGUAUUUAUGGCUACGCUCCAAGUAGCUCCAGUCACAUACUCCUAAACGAAGCAGUCGAAUCGAUUCUACAGAUUGGUGCCACAGUCCCAAUGUACAAUUUGAAUUCCAUUUCUCUCGUUGAUAAGGAUGUAAAUACGUGCAGAACUUUUAGUGAGGCACUUGAAGAUGUGUGUAGAAGUUACCUACCGCAAAAAAAAGUGCUACCCGCCCCCAAGUACUGGAAUGUGGUAAAUAGGAGGCUGCUGGAAAUUCCCUCCAAUGUUAUUCACUUUUGUAGGAAGCAUAACAAAAUAUCUUUUAAAAAAUAUCAUGGCAUUAUCAGGCGUAAGUUUCAACAUUAUUAUAGCAAUAUUAGGCCCUUCAAGUGGAGAGCUUCUAGGGUCAUCGAACCGAACCCUUUUCUUGUUUACCAAAACUCCGGGGAGCCCAGCUCCUAUCAGUACGGCCCCAAGCCCCACUACUACAAGGGCGUGUCGCACACGCUUUACAAUGUCGGCAGGAAGGGCCUGGUUAACAUCCGCGUGGGCCGCCACGGCAAGCUGCAGGCGCUGAAGAGGGUGUCCAGCAUUUCGCUCGAGACGAAGCCGCGCCUUUAG